CAAAGAUGGAGAAGUCUCGAGGAAGUUUCGUAGUAUAAAGUGGAAGAAGUCGCAUUUCUCUUGCUGGAUUCAAUCAAUUUCUUUCUGCCAAGAGCUUUUUUGUUUAUUUGAUUUAAUAUCCAACAAUCUAUCGCUCCACUUUCUUCGUGUUCUUCCUUGCGACCUUUUCUAAUUUCGGAGUUCCCUCUAGAAAUUCGGGUCAACUAAAGAAGUAUUUGGACUUUAUGCGUUUGCUUAGUUGAUUUUCCAUUAUGACUUACCUGCAGGAGAAGAUUGUGCGGUUUCCGGACCGGAGUUCAGAUAAAACUUCAAUGGGGUUAUAUUCUGCGGAUAACACUUUAAAUGUCGGAAUGAAUGGGACAAGAGCUGACUUAGUUUCAGAAAAGCCUCACAAAGAAUUGGAAACUGGUUCUUACAGGAUUAAUAGAAUUAAGAAAUCCUUGAAAUCAUCUUCUUUCAAUAAAUUUAUGUCCAAAAGUUUUGGAACACGAAGACAAGUACUUGAUCCACAGGGGCCCUUUCUCCAGAAGUGGAACAAGAUAUUUGUGUUGUCUUGUGUGAUUGCAGUCUCGUUGGAUCCUUUGUUCUUUUAUGUCCCUGUGAUGGACGAUGAUCAGAAAUGUCUUGGGUUGGAUAAGAAGAUGGAGAUUACGGCUAGUGUGUUACGUUCAUUCACCGACAUAUUUUAUAUAUUACAUAUUGUUUUGCAAUUUCGUACGGGAUUUAUUGCUCCUUCUUCUCGAGUAUUUGGAAGAGGUGUUCUAGUUGAAGAUGCUUGGGCAAUAGCAAAGAGAUAUCUGUCGUCAUACUUUUUGAUCGACAUUCUUGCAGUCCUCCCACUUCCACAAGUAGUGAUCCUGAUAAUUGUUCCAAACAUGAGAGGCUCGAGGUCGUUGAAUACCAAGGACUUGCUGAAAUUCAUUGUUUUCUUCCAAUACGUGCCUCGGUUUAUUAGAAUCUAUCCUUUAUAUAAAGAAGUUACAAGAACAUCUGUACUCACUGAAACUGCAUGGGCUGGAGCUGCAUUUAACCUCUUUCUUUACAUGCUGGCAAGUCAUGUCUUUGGAGCAUUCUGGUACUUGUUUUCGAUAGAACGGGAAACUACAUGCUGGCAGCAGGCCUGUCACAAUAUCAGCUGUGAUUCUAAUACACUAUAUUGUGAUGUGGCUGUCAAUCUACGAAAUAACUCGUUUUUAAACAUUUCAUGUCCACUAGUGGAUGGAGACGAAGUCAAACCUCCUUUUGAUUUUGGGAUAUUUCUUGAUGCUCUUAAUUCUCGUGUUGUUGAGUCGAUGAAUUUUCCACAGAAGUUCUUUUACUGUUUCUGGUGGGGUCUGAGAAAUCUAAGUUCCCUGGGUCAAAAUCUCCAAACAAGCACAUACGUAUGGGAAAUUUUGUUUGCUGUUUUCAUCUCCAUCUCUGGCUUAGUCCUGUUUUCAUUUCUCAUUGGGAACAUGCAGACAUAUUUGCAAUCCACCACUACAAGAUUGGAAGAAAUGAGGGUUAGAAGGAGAGAUGCAGAACAAUGGAUGUCCCACCGUUUACUCCCUGAGAGCCUCCGGGAGCGAAUCAGGAGGUACGAACAGUACAAGUGGCAGGAAACUAGAGGGGUUGAUGAAGAGAAUCUGGUUCGAAAUCUUCCGAAAGAUCUCAGAAGGGACAUAAAACGCCAUCUCUGCUUGUCUCUGCUAAUGAGGGUACCGAUAUUUGAAAAAAUGGACGAACAACUGCUGGAUGCUAUGUGUGACCGUCUCAAGCCAGUACUAUACACAGAGGAAAGUUAUAUCGUUCGGGAAGGAGACCCAGUCGAUGAGAUGAUCUUCAUAAUGCGUGGCAAGUUAUUGUCUGUAACUACAAAUGGUGGAAGAACUGGUUUCUUUAAUUCUGAACACCUCAAGGCAGGGGAUUUCUGUGGAGAAGAGCUACUGACAUGGGCUCUGGAUCCACAUUCCUCAUCCAAUCUACCAAUUUCAACAAGAACUGUUCGAACUCUUUCAGAAGUUGAAGCAUUUGCUUUGAAGGCAGAUGACCUAAAGUUUGUAGCCUCACAGUUCCGUAGACUUCACAGCAAGCAGCUGCGGCACACUUUCAGGUUUUAUUCACAGCAAUGGAGGACAUGGGCAGCGUGUUUUAUACAAGCAGCGUGGCGUCGAUACAGAAGAAAGAAACACGAACAGGCUCUGUUGGAAGAAGAGAACAGGUUAAAAGAUGCAUUGGCCAAGACAGGUGGGAGUUCUCCUAGUUUAGGUGCUACCAUCUAUGCAUCCAGAUUUGCAGCUAACAUCCUAAGAACGAUUCGACGCACAAGCUCACGCAAGGCCAGGAUUCCCGAGAGAAUACCGCCCAUGUUGCUUCAGAAACCAGCAGAGCCCGACUUUACCUCUGAAGAGAAUAGUUGAUAGAGCAAAGGUAUUCUUUGUAUACAAAAGUGAUGUCUAUUCUAUGCAUUGGUUCUUAUAUUCCGUAAUAUGGGAAUGAGAGAAUGUUUCUGCCAUGGUGUUUUGCCUAAACGCCAUUGUGUCAUUAAUAGCUCGAUUGAUAGCAAAAGAUUUCGACCUCAGGUCAGUUGGGCAGAAUCCAAGCAAUGGUCAUUGCCUCAACUAUAAGUUCAUCUGGAACCCUCGUGCCUAUCUAUCGAUCUCGUGCAGAUGAGUUCGUCGAACUGGAUUUGUGAAUAUAUUGAACUGUAUAAUCAUUCGUGUCUUAUAGGUCGAUGUUGUUAUUAGUACGACAAGUCUUUUUUUCUUUUAGAAUUAAUGUAUCAUGUUUUAAAUUUUUAAAGAACUUCGCAGUUAAUUGGAAACAUGAGCAAACCAAAAUUAAUGGCUUUCCAAAUUAUUGUAUA